AGGCCCCGCCCCUAAGCCAUCAAAGUGCUCAAGGAAGGAGAGGACAGGUUCAGAAAGGGAAAAAGACGCGUGUCGGGCGGACGGAGCAGGCUGGCUUGCUGGGAAGAGGUCGGCUGGAAGGAAGGAUGUUCUCCUCGGCAAAGCCCUACGAGAACCAGCGUUACCAUGCCUUGAAGAAGGACUGCCAGCGGAGGAAAGUGCUCUUCGAGGACCCCUUGUUCCCCGCCAACGACGACUCGCUCUUCUACAAGUCGCGGAUUCAAGGGAUCCAGUGGAAGCGACCCAAGGACAUCUGUGAGGAUCCUCACCUCUUUGUGGAUGGAAUCAGCUGCCACGAUUUGCACCAAGGACAAGUGGGGAAUUGUUGGUUCGUGGCCGCCUGCUCCUCCUUGGCCUCCCGGGAGUCUCUGUGGCAAAAGGUCAUCCCAGAUUGGAAAGAGCAAGAGUGGUCUGCCGAGAAACCCGAGAACUAUGCCGGGAUUUUCCAUUUCCACUUCUGGCGCUUUGGGGAGUGGGUGGACGUGGUGAUUGACGACCGCCUGCCCACGCUCCACAACCAGCUCAUCUACUGCCAUUCCAACUCCAAGAAUGAGUUGUGGUGCGCGCUGGUGGAAAAGGCCUAUGCUAAGCUCUCCGGAUGUUACGAAGCCUUGGACGGAGGCAACACGGCCGAUGCCUUGGUGGAUUUCACUGGUGGGGUGUCGGAGCCCAUCGACCUCCUGGAAGGAGGCUACGCCAACGACGAAGCCAAGCGCAACCUCCUCUUUGAGCGGGUGCUCAAGGUCCACAACCGGGGAGGCCUCAUCAGCAGCUCCAUCAAAGCCACCUCGGCUGCGGACAUGGAGGCCCGCCUGGACUGUGGCUUGGUCAAGGGACACGCUUACGCCGUCACCGAUGUGAAGAAGGUCCGCUUGGGCCACGGCCUCCUGGCCUUUUUCAAGUCAGAGAAGCUCGAUAUGAUCCGGCUGAGGAAUCCCUGGGGGGAGCGGGAGUGGAACGGACCGUGGAGCGACACCUCUGAGGAAUGGCAGAAAGUCAGCAACAGUGAAAGAGAAAAGCUGGGAAUGACUGUGCAGGAUGACGGAGAAUUUUGGAUGGCGUUUGAUGACUUCUGCAAGUAUUUCACGGACAUCAUCAAGUGCCGCCUCAUCAACACGUCCUACCUGAGCAUCCACAAGACCUGGGAGGAGGCGGUCCUGCGGGGGGCAUGGGCGCGGCACGAAGACCCCCUGAAGAACCGGAGUGGAGGCUGCAUCAAUAAUCGGGACACCUUCCUGCAGAACCCCCAGUAUGUUUUUGAUGUGAAGAAAACAGAGGAUGAAGUGCUCAUUUGCAUCCAACAGAAGCCCAAACGAACGAGUCGGAAGGAAGGCAAGGGGGAGAAUUUGGCCAUUGGAUUUGACAUCUUCAAAGUGGAGCUGAAUCGGAUGUACCGGAUGCACACCUUGCAGCCCAAGGUGGCCAGCUCCAUCUACAUCAACUCCCGCAGCGUCUUCUUGAGGACGGACAUGAAGGAAGGCCGCUACGUCAUCAUCCCAACCACCUUUGAGCCGGGCCACGUGGCAGAGUUCCUUCUCAGGCAGUUCACAGACGUGCCUUCCGAUUGCCAGGAGUUGACCCUGGAUGAGCCUCCUCACACUUGCUGGAGCGGCAUGUGUGGCUAUCCACAGCUGGUGUCCCAAGUCCAUGUCAUCUCAGCUACUGGACUGAAGAACCAAGGCUCAGGAGAAGGAGUGGAUCCCUACGUGAUCAUAAAGUGCGAAGGGGAGAAGAUCCGUUCUCCGGUGGUGAAGAACACCACGUCCCCAGAAUUUGACGUGAAAGCCCUGUUCUACCGGAAGAAGCCGGGGCAGCCAGUCCUCAUCCAGGUCUGGAACCAUAACCUCAUAACAGACGAGUUUCUGGGCCAAGUCUCUCUGGUGGGAGAUCCCAAUGAGCUCCAUCCUUUGCACAUCAUCCAUCUCCAAGACAAGGGCGGCAAGCGAGCCAACGACCUCCCGGGUACCAUCCAGGUGCAGUUGCUCACCAGCAGCAUCCUGACCAACAUCUGAAAGACAAUUCCUUUUGUGCCAUUAUAUACAGGUGUACAUACAAUCUUAUGAUAGGCAGUGUAGGGUGUCAGAAAACUAUCUUUACAAUAUCAAUUGUAUAUAGAACUAAGGGUGUUUCCUAUACUGUAGAAUUAAUACAGUUUUGUCAGGGAAUCGUCACCCUAACUGAUUGAUGAGUCAGGUCUCAUCUUCUUCUCGUCAACCAAACCACUUAGACAGUGACAAAGUGGUACCGACAAACGACAGCUCAGUCGUAAAUUAUCUGCUGAUCCCAGCGGUUCUGAAGGCUUUAUUUACAAGUUAUUUACAAGUUAUCCUCUCGGCUUGCCGAGUCCGUUAUCAGUGCAAGCAAGCACCUCCCUGCAUUCCACAGUUCAUGACUAAUGUUCUGUCCACUGUCGGAAGUCUUGACCCAUUGGCCCUGCAGGCAAUCAAUCAGGACUGGCAUGUAAUUAACUCCUGGACUGCUGGAAUGCUUGCCAGAACACAUAUACACAUUCCAACAGCAACAAUUAAUUAAACAUUUCACACGAAAACAACAAAAACACUAACAAGUUUGACACCACUCUAACUGCUAUGGAAUCCUGGGAUUUGUCCUUUUGUGAGUCACCAGCACUCUUUGAGAGAGGAGGCUAAAGACCUUUUAAAAUUACAACUCUUAUUCUUCCAUCACAUUGAGUCGCAGCAUUUAAAGUGGUUUCAACCUGCAUUAACUCCACAGAGUAGAUACACCCUGGAAUUGUAAAGGUAAUUUCCAGACACCCUGUAUAUACAUAUACAU